AUGUUAAAAAUGACAGAAGAGCAUGAAAAGUGCGUCAGCGACCAGCCGUGCAGUCCAUCCGGUACCAACAGCUCCAUGUCUCAGGACGAGUCUGACUGCGACUCGCCGUCCUCGCCUACAGGCUCGGACGGACACGGAUCCUUGCUUAGUGGUUUGGGCAAGAAACUGGACUCGGAGGACGACGACCGAUUCCCAGCUUGCAUUCGGGACGCCGUGUCGCAGGUGCUGAAGGGAUACGACUGGUCCUUGGUGCCAAUGCCCGUGAGGGGGAACGGAUCCCUGAAAAGUAAACCGCACGUCAAGAGACCCAUGAAUGCGUUCAUGGUGUCGCAGGCGGCCCGCAGAAAGCUGGCGGAUCAGUACCCACACCUGCACAACGCCGAGCUGAGCAAGACUCUGGGGAAACUGUGGCGUCUGUUGUCAGAGAAUGAAAAGCGGCCGUUUGUUGAUGAGGCAGAGAGGCUCCGGGUUCAACACAAGAAAGAUCAUCCAGACUACAAGUACAGCUCGGCGGAGGAAAAAUGUAAACCAGGCCAGAGCGACUCGGACUCGGGGGCAGAGCUGGCACAACACAUGUAUAAAGCCGAACCGGGGAUGGGGGGACUCGCAGGGAUGGCCGAUGGGCACCACCACGAACACUCAGGGCAGCCCCAUGGACCUCCUACACCACCCACCACCCCCAAAACAGACCUGCACCACGGCAUGAAACAGGAUCUGAAGCACGAGGGACGGCGCCUCAUCGACAGCAGCAGGCAGAACAUCGACUUCAGCAACGUGGACAUCUCCGAGCUCAGCACUGAUGUCAUCAGCAACAUAGAGACCUUUGACGUGCAUGAGUUCGACCAGUACCUCCCACUCAACGGCCACACCAACGCUUCUUCCGCCCUGCAGUCAGACCACGGGCCGGCUCCGGCUGGUGGCGGCGGUUCCUACGUUUCCUCAUUCAACGGGUCAGCGUGGACCCGCAAGAGCGCCGUGCACUCGUCCCCCUCCACCAGCGAUGUGAGCCAGCACCGGCUUCACAUUAAGACGGAGCAGCUGAGCCCCAGCCACUACAGCGAGCACUCCCACGGAUCGCCCUCCCACGCCGACUACGGCUCUUACAGCAGCCAGGCCUGCAUCACCUCAGCCGCAUCCUCAGCCGCAGCCUCCUUCUCCAGCUCCCAGUGUGACUAUACUGACCUCCAGAGUUCCACUUACUACAACCCUUACUCCAGCUACCCCUCCAGCCUCUACCAGUACCCUUACUUCCACUCGUCCAGACGGACCUACGGCAGCCCGAUCCUCAACAGCCUGUCCAUGGCUCCUGCGCACAGUCCAACCACCUCCAGCUGGGACCAGCCCGUCUACACCACUCUGUCUCGACCUUAGGCAGCCAGGAGCACAGCACAACACUAGAGACUGUCACAUUGAUGCACUACUAAUAAUAAUUAAGGCACAGGUGGAGAGAAACGGAGGGCGCCAGUCGAGCACCUGUGAUAAUUUGAAACAAAAGUGCCUGCUGAUUUUAAAGUUCUAUCAUUGCGAUGAAAACAACUUGUACAGACUUUUUACACAAACAUUAAUUGUGUUGAUGGUGAGCCAAAC